ACUGGGAAGAGCCCAAUCCGAAGUGGGGUUGGGCAAUGGGUGGACACAAAUGCACAUCCAUUUUAGAGACGCUGAUACCUCACUGAGUACUCCAAGUAUUGAUGGCUGGGACAUAUCAUUUCAUUGACCUUACCCCCGUUCUUGUAAAUCUUGAAGGUUGGAACACUUUUUAUGCUCUCGGCUUUUGCUACUGUUGGGCUCUCCUCCACUUCACCACCAAACUUCACACUAUGAGUUUCCUCCUCCCAUGAUUUUGGCAAUGCAGCCUGUGCCUGGGAUAGAGAUUCAGCAACCUCAAUGUCUCCAAGAAGUUCCCUCCUCAAGACCUCAUAAUAUUUCACUGUCUCUGCCCAUCGUCCAAGCUUCCCAUUUGAGACAGCUCUGUGAAGAAGAGCCUUGGUGUAAUUUGGUUGGAUCUUGAGGGCGUGGUUGCAGUCCUUCAACCUGCUCUAACCUGAAAGUGCUCCUCCAAUCUUCCAAAGACUGUUGUUAGGCACAACUCACAAGCAGUGCUGAUGAGCAGCAUGGUUCAUAGACUUUUGGCUAUGGCAUCUUCUUUCUGGUCACAGUGGUGCAACAUUGGCUAUGGAGGUGCUGGACUCUUUGUCUCUUUUGCGGUUAUUGCUGUGGGUGCAAUCUCAUGGCACAUAUUGAGGAAGGAAAGUCUUGCGUUGCCACCAGGUCCUCGAGGCAUGCCUGUACUAGGCAACCUCCCAUUUCUACAUCCUGACCUUCACAGCUGCUUUGCUAAAAUGGCUCAAAAAUAUGGCCCGGUGAUGAGGCUUUGGCUCGGUAACAAGCUUACUGUUGUACUGAGCUCACCCUCUCUAGCAAAGGAGGUUCUUCGAGACAACGAUGCUAUUUUUGCGGACCGGGACACGCCAAUUGCAAUGCUAACGAUGACAUAUGGUGGCUCUGGGUUGAUAUGGGCGCGGUGUGACCAAAACUGGCGCAUGCUUCGGAAGGUUUGGGUUGGGGAGAUGCUAAGCAAAGUGAGCCUUGACAGGCUUUAUGCUCUUAGACACCGAGAGGUUUGGGAUUCGAUGAGAAGGAUAUAUGCAAAUGCAGGUACAUCAGUAAAUGUCAAUGAGCAUACCUUCUCGGCUAUGAUAAAUGUGAUUACCAGCAUGUUAUGGGGAAGAACCCUAGAAGGUGAGGAAAGAAGACAUGCAGACAAAGAGUUUCGACAAGUGGUGUGGGAAAUGUUUGACCUCUUAACAAAACCUGAUGUUUCAGAUCUUUUUCCUGUUUUGGCCCCAUUGGAUAUACAAGGCAAGAAUAGUAAGAUGAAGAAGCUAGGAUCAAGAUUGGAUCGGAUUUUCGACUUCAUCAUCAAUCACCAUGAAGUUAAAGGACUAAGCAUGGAAGGGAUAGAAAACAAAGAUAGAGAGCACAAGGAUUUACUACAGAUCUUUCUGCAGAAUGAGGAAGGCUCUAAGGGAAUCUUGGACAAGACUCAACUCAAGGCCUUGUUCUUAGACAUGGUAGCAGCAGGAACAGAUACAGCAUCAAGCGCAGUAGAAUGGGCGAUGGCUGAACUGAUGAACAAACCCGAAAAAAUGGAAAGAGCCCAAAAAGAACUAGAACAAGUGGUUGGUAUGAACAAUAUGGUAGAAGAGACUCAUCUCCCAAAACUUCCUUUUCUAAAUGCCGUAGUAAAGGAAGUUCUAAGGUUACACCCUCCCGGACCAUUCCUGGUGCCUCGUCGCACUCGUGAGCCAUGUGUUCUAAGGGGCUAUACAAUUCCAAGCGGCACACAAGUCCUGGUAAAUGCGUGGGCGAUACAUAGAGAUCCUGAAUUUUGGGACAGUCCUUCAGAGUUUCAGCCUGAAAGGUUCUUGAGCGGGAGCUUGAAAUGUGAUUAUAGUGGAAAUGAUUUUCGAUAUCUUCCUUUCGGGUCAGGGAGGAGAAUUUGUGCAGGAGUUCCAUUAGCUGAGCGAAUAGUACCACAUAUCCUAGCUUCAAUGUUACAUUUGUUCGAUUGGAGGCUACCGGAUGGGGUGAAUGGUGUCGAUCUCACUGAGAAGUUUGGCCUAGUGUUAAGAAAAGCGACGCCCUUUGUCGCAAUUCCGAAGCCAAGACUAUCAAACCUAGACUUAUAUACUUAAAUGCAUGCUUUUUUUCUUCAAUGGAGUAGAUACUCAAAAUAAUGGCCUCUUUACUUAACCAA